GCGCGCUCGCACGUUGGCGCGCCGACCCGGGGGCGUCCUGCAGCGCCAGCCGCGCCUCGGCAGCCCGCGGGGAAUGGCCCACGGCGACGCCGGCCGCCGCCUGUGACCGUCUGCGGCCCUCGGAGCGGCGGCCGCGCCGGCGCCGAGCCCGAGGGACCCGCGGCCGCCGCCUCCGCCGACCCGGUGGCCCGAGGCACCCAGCCAUGACUCUCGUGCUGCCCAUGAACCCGUUCCGAGAGGCCAUGGUCUCAGAAGGAGCAGCAGAGGUCACCAGCUACCACGCACUAUGGGAGGCUGCCGACAGCUGUAGGGGCACCAGUCCCCCAAGGCCAGCACCGGCCCUUGUGGAGGAAGAGAGGAGGGCCGGGCCCCCCCUGGCAGAACCCCACUACCGAGGAAUUUCAGCUCCUCUGACAGCAUCCAAGAUCACGUACUUUAAGAGGAAGUUUGUGGAAGAGGAGGAGUGCCCCCCGCCGCUCAGCCGCUGCAGCCAUCAAACCAUCUCUGUGUUGGAGGAGCGUGCCCACAUCCUGUACAUGUCCUUGGAGAAGCUCAGGUUCAUCGAUGACCCUGAGGUGUACCUCCGGCGCUGCUCCCAGCAGGCAGACUUGGGAGGGGGGACCGUGCAGCUCUGCAGUGAGGAUGUGCAGAUGCCCACGAGCGAUGUUUUUGCCACCGGUGCCUGGUCUCUCAGGGCUCCGGAAAAGCUCAAGACCAGCAACACCAUCAGUGCCAGCAGUGGGGACGGGUGCCCCCACAGCCUGGAGGCUGCACGGGACCACCUGGCUUUUGAGUGCAGAGGGCAGUUCUGCGACUACUUUGAGGCUGGCUGCAGUGGUAGGAGCCCAGCAGCAAGUGGGCCCUGGAGGAAGCCACAGCGCAGGAAGGAGGUGGCGCCUGUCGCCAGCAGGCCGUGCUGGAGCGCGGGCAGCAGGAUGUGAAGCACGCGUCCCAGGACAUGGAAGCAUGUGCAGCAUGACCCCUUCGCACUCAUCGAUGUUAUGUCAAUGGACUUUCUAGUUUUGUACGACGAGGUGGUUGUGCUGUGAGCCUGAGAUGGGCUGCGUCCAGAGCAGCUUCUCCGGGUGGGCCUUUACCCACAGGAAGCGGCCGGCAAGUGGACCUUGGUCUUCUGUCAAGAGAGGUCAGCCAAGUGGCCCAGGGGACAAGGUACCCUUGUGCAGUUUCCAGGACCCCCAUGCAG